CAUGCUACGUUAAUUUAAGUAUCACCGGGCACACCUUCUGUUCCUCCCUGCAAACAAAAUGCAGAACACCAUACUUACUCUCUCUCAAUUUCGAAACCCUAACCCUAAAAUGUCUCUUCUUUCACAUUCUCCGUCUUCCAUACAGCUCCAUCAUUACUCACUUGGUCGAAUUUCACGGGGAAGAGCUUUGGAUACGCUUCCUUCAUCUUUUUUCUCUUCUUCUUCUUUGCGUUUCAGAGCUCAAAUCUCUGCUUCAAUCCCGAGUCUAAGCCGGAAAGGCAACAAUUUCAUAGUGAGGGCCACACCCACAUCAGUGCCCGAGAGUAGUGCUGAGCAGGGUGCGAUUCAGAACGAGUUGGCUCGGACUUUGCAGCUUGUAUCCAUGUUAGGAGUUUGGUACCUUCUCAAUAUUUACUUCAACAUCUUCAACAAACAGGUUUUGAAAGUCUAUCCAUUUCCAGCGACGGUUACUGCUUUCCAGCUUGGCUGCGGAACUCUCAUGAUUCUCUUCAUGUGGGGUUUCAAUCUCUAUAGCAGACCAAAGAUUACUCUCUCCCAGUUUGCUGCAAUACUGCCAUUGGUUUUGGCACACGCAUUAGGCAACUUGUUGACCAAUGUCAGCCUUGGAAAAGUCUCUGUUUCAUUCACGCAUACUAUCAAAGCUAUGGAGCCAUUUUUUGCUGUUCUCUUCUCUGCCCUCUUUUUUUCUGAGAUACCAAGUGUGUGGGUAGUUUGUUCCCUUGUACCAAUUGUAGGUGGAGUGGCAUUGGCUUCCUUCACGGAAUCCUCUUUUAAUUGGAUUGGAUUCUGCACUGCCAUGGCUUCCAAUGUUACUAAUCAAUCUCGUAAUGUUUUCAGCAAGAAGUUGAUGGUUCAAGAAGAGGAAACUUUGGACAAUAUCAAUCUGUUCUCAGUCUUAACCAUCAUUUCUUUUUUGCUGUUGGUUCCCUCGGCUAUUCUUCUUGAAGGAGUGAAGUUUAGUCCUUCAUAUCUGCAAUUAGCUGAAAAUGAAGGAUUGAACAUUAAAGAGCUAUGCUUGAGAUUACUUCUAUCAGGUUUCUGUUUUCAUUCUUACCAGCAGGUGUCAUAUAUGAUUCUACAAAUGGUAUCACCGGUAACCCACGCGGUGGGAAAUUCUGUAAAGCGCGUGGUAGUCAUAGUAUCGUCAGUCAUCUUCUUCCAAACACCUAUUUCACCCAUUAACUCUCUCGGAACUGCUAUUGCUCUUGCUGGAGUCUUCCUAUACUCAAGAGCCAAACGAAUUAAGCGAAAGCCAAAAGUUGUAUAAAUAAUAGGGUAGGUAACUAUUUGGUACUUUGUAUUUUUUGAAAGUAGCAUCUUGGUAUCAUAUGUUUUUAAAUAAUACUCAUUUGGUACCCUGCAUUUUGAAAUCGUACAUAUUUGGUACCCUGUAUUUUAAAAUGGUACAUAUUUGGUACCCUAAACUCAAAUUUAAUUAAUAAAAUUUUACCAAUUUAAUUAAA